AUGCCCGGAGUUACCAUUGUGGGCGGGGCUACAGGUGAGGUCAGGUGGGCGGGGCUACAGGCCAAAGUAAAACAGCAACGGAGCGAUGCAAAAGGACAAUCUGAGCUGCUGCGCUUCACCACCAAGCCUGGACUUGCUGUGCCGAUCCAGGCAGAUUUAUUACGCAGCUGUGAGGGGAGUGUGUUAAAGUGUAGUGGUUAUGAUUGGGAGCCACCAGGACAGAUGGCAGAGCAAGAGGAACCGCUGUACGACUUCCCAGAGCCCUCCCAGACUUCAAAGGGUAAAGGCCAUCAGAGGAGCCAAGGGUCCCUGAGGAGCGUCAGUGUGCUGGACAGGCUUCUCCUCACUGUCCCGGUGUGGCUCCAGCUCACGCUUAACCCAGCCACCGCACUGCACAUCCUCCAGCGGGAGCCUCCUGGGACAUUCCUGGUUCGGAAUUCUCGCACAUUGCUGAGGAAAGUGCUGUGCGUGCGUUUGGCCGACAAUAGUGAGCCGUCUUUUGUUCAGCAGUUCGAUAUCCAGGAGGAAAACUCAAACUUCUCCCUGGUGACCUCAGCCUUCAGUUUCCCAGAUCUCCCAAGACUCAUUUCCUUUUACUGUGCCAGCAGUGAUGUGCUUCCUUUUCCACUGGAGCUCCCAGAAGCCAUUGCAAGAGCGUCAUCCCACAAAGAACUGGAGUCCAUCUCACACAUGGGAAUAGAGUUUUGGAAUUCUCACUUGAACAUUCGCGGACCACGAGAUGCUCCUAAACCCCAGAAAGACUCGGCAAGUACACCAGAUGUGACCCCCGCAGUCCCGCCGGCUGCUGAGGUCCAGCCAAAACAAGAUGAUCAGCCUGUCCCUGACGACCAUCCUUCCACCCCUUCGGAAUCGGCGAAAGAAGAAGGCACUAGCGCGGCCCUGUUUCAAGAGUUCUGCCCCAUCAAAACCCGGAGCCCUAAAGAGUGUAACUAUGGGCCGGGCCUCGGAGCCCUCUGCUUCAUCAACCCGCUGUUCCUGCAGUCUCUAAACGCGUGGUCGAGGCGGCGAAUGUUCAAACGCAGCCUCAAAGUCAGAGUUUCGACAGAGGGCUCCACGCUGCUUUCGCCGCCACUCGUCCCGCCCCCUCCUCCGCCGCUAAUGCCAAAAUGUAAAGGUCGUUGUAAAGCUAAAGGUUCAAAAGCGGACGACCAGACAGUUCGAAUUAACCCAAUAGAUGAUGAUGAUGAUGAGGAGGACUAUGCCGAACUACCGCCAAGAACAAGGGAACUUAUCUUUGACGAUAUGUUGCCUCUGCCAACGGUCAUGGAAAGCCUGGUCGAGGAUGCGGACUACCAACAGCCAUCGCCGAGCUUCAAGGCUUCCCAUCCACUUUCGCCGUACCUGUCCCCGAAAUUAUCCAAAAAGUCAACGUCUCUCUCUCCUCGUAACUCACCCGGCAACAGCCCCUGCGUCUCGCCCUAUCAGUCCCCGUUUCCUUCUCCCAAAAUGCUUUCGCCUUUUUUACCAAUCCCAAGUCCGAUGGCGGAGGACGCAUACGAUAUUCCAGUUUCUUAUUCGAAGCCGCACCACCUGCUUGAAGUUGAGGAGCGAGGAGCAGGGGACGAGGAAGGAGAGUUGGUUCUGCGGAUAGAGGCGGCGUCUUUAAGCGACAAAGACUGUUAG